AUGCCAUCCUUGACCUGUGCUUGGGAGUGGGCUACUAGCUAUGCAGAUUUAUGUUGUUUCUUCCUCUGGUUUGGUUCAAAAAGAAUUCUGGGUUUGGUUCAGCAACUGAAGACUGGAAGUUUGGCUGUAAGUGUACCAUCUCAAACAGCCAAAAAAUCUAAGAUUGUUGUUGGAAGAAACCGUCCAGAGUCAAUUGGCAUUAGUGAAACUUACCAGCAAACUCAAGUCCAAGAUUUGAUUGAUGUAUUACGCGAUUGUGCAGAGAAAGGAUCUAUAAGAGAAGCAAAAGCGGUUCAUGGGCUUGUGUUAAAAUCCAAUUUUGAAGAUAAGGAUUUAAUGGUGUUGUUUAACCAUGUAGCUCAUGUGUAUUCAAAAUGUUCAGAAUUUAGGGCAGCUUGUGGUGUGUUUGAUGAAAUGCCACAGAGAAAUGUAUUCUCUUGGACCGUCAUGAUUGUAGGAUCGACGGAGCAUGGGUUGUUUUUUGAUGGGUUCAAGUUUUUCUGCGAGAUGUUGAAUCAUGGGAUCUUGCCAGAUAAAUUUGCAUAUUCUGCAAUCAUCCAGUCAUGUAUUGGUCUAGACUCUCUUGAAUUGGGUAAGAUGGUACAUGCCCAGAUAGUUAUGAGAGGCUUUGCAACUCAUAUUUUUGUUAGUACAUCUCUUCUUAACAUGUAUGCAAAGUUAGGGAGUAUAGAGGAUUCAUAUUGGGUGUUCAACAUGAUGACAGAACAUAAUCAAGUCUCUUGGAAUGCCAUGAUAUCAGGAUGUACGUCAAAUGGUCUUCACUUAGAAGCAUUUGAUCUUUUUGUAAGAAUGAAGAAUGGAGCAUGUACACCAAAUAUGUACACACUUGUUAGUGUUUCGAAGGCAGUUGGGAAGUUAGUUGAUGUUAAUAUGGGAAAAGAAGUUCAAAAUUGUGCCUCUGAAUUAGGUAUGGAGGGUAAUGUUCUAGUGGGAACUGCACUAAUUGAUAUGUACUCAAAAUGUGGGUCCUUACAUGAUGCAAGAAGUGUUUUUGACACAAAUUUCAUUAAUUGUGGAGUGAAUACACCAUGGAAUGCAAUGAUCUCUGGCUACUCACAGUCUGGGUGUAGCCAAGAAGCUUUGGAACUCUAUGUUCAAAUGUGUCAAAAUGGCAUAACGUCAGACCUUUACACUUAUUGUAGUGUCUUCAAUGCAAUAGCUGCUUCAAAAAGUUUGCAGUUUGGGAGGGUAGUUCAUGGGAUGGUUUUGAAGUGUGGACUUGAUUUGAUGGUUGUUAGCGUUAACAAUGCCAUUGCUGAUGCAUAUUCCAAAUGUGGGUUUCUUGAAGAUGUAAGGAAGGUUUUCGACAGGAUGGAAGACAGAGAUAUAGUCUCGUGGACAACCCUGGUGACUGCUUACUCUCAGUCUUCUUUAGGGGAGGAAGCACUGGCCACUUUCUGUCUGAUGAGAGAAGAAGGGUUUGCACCCAAUCAGUUUACCUUUUCCAGUGUGCUGAUUUCAUGUGCUAGCCUUUGUUUUCUUGAGUAUGGGAGGCAAGUUCAUGGUCUUCUCUGCAAGGCUGGCCUGGACACCGAAAAAUGCAUAGAAAGUGCUCUGAUUGACAUGUAUGCCAAAUGUGGUAGUAUAACUGAGGCAGGAAAGGUUUUCGACAAGAUUUCUAACCCUGAUAUUGUUUCAUGGACUGCCAUAAUAUCAGGUUACGCUCAACAUGGUUUGGUGGAAGAUGCCCUUCAACUCUUUAGGAGGAUGGAGCUGUCAGGCAUCAAGGCCAAUGCUGUUACCUUAUUGUGUGUACUGUUCGCUUGUAGUCAUGGGGGUAUGGUAGAGGAAGGCCUUUUCUAUUUUCAACAAAUGGAAGAUGGUUAUGGUGUGGUUCCAGAGAUGGAACAUUAUGCUUGUAUUAUUGAUCUCUUAGGUCGUGUGGGCCGCCUUGAUGAUGCUAUGGAGUUCAUAAGAAAAAUGCCAAUGGAGCCAAAUGAAAUGGUCUGGCAAACCCUGUUGGGAGGUUGUAGGGUCCAUGGCAAUGUUGAGUUGGGAGAGAUAGCUGCCAGGAAGAUCCUUUCCAUUCGGCCAGAGUACUCAGCUACGUACGUUCUUUUAUCCAAUACAUACAUUGAGACAGGGAGUUAUGAAGAUGGCCUUAGUUUGAGAAAUGUAAUGAGAGACCAAGGAGUGAAAAAGGAACCAGGAUACAGCUGGAUUUCUGUGAAAGGUAGAGUCCACAAAUUCUACUCUGGAGAUCAGCAACAUCCACAAAAAAAGGAGAUAUAUGUCAAGUUAGAAGAGUUGAGAGAGAAGAUUAAAGCUAUGGGUUAUGUACCUGACUUGAGAUAUGUAUUGAAUAAUGCGGAUUGAGAGAGAAUUUGGGGCCACCUCUUGGUGAAAGCACUUGGCAGCAUAUAAACUAUAUUUAUAUGACUACACGGUGUUAUCCAACAAAAACAAAAAAAUUGGCAAUUCAAAGUAACAUCUAUCAUCUCUAAGAAUAGAACUUCCGUGUUCGAAGGUGCAGAAUAAAGCUUAGAAUUGUCCCAAUGGAGGAAAUGGAUCCCCAGAUGAUGAAGGUUUUAUGAUGGCAUUCAAAUCCCUUGCAUAUCCCAUAAUUCCCACCACCACCAGUUUCAUAAUUGAUAACAUCCAAGUAACCAAAAAGCAGAGUACCUAUGGGAAUGUUUGUAAGGACAAUGUUUUGGUUUACAACUGAAUUCUGGGGCCCGAACAGCUCGGAAAUUGUGGAUGCAGUUGUGGCUCUUAUGGCUCCUGAACAGGCUCCUAGGAUGCCUGUGCUAAUGUAUAAGCCUGUUUUGCUGCCGUUGAUAAGCAAGAAGAAAGAUACAGGCAUGGGAAUCAUCAUGAGCACUAUUGAUGCUGGUUUGGAUAAUAUUGACCUUCUCCUGAAACAGAGAGUCGAUCUGUUAAUGUUUUGAACAAUUUAAUCAAUUGAGUUGCAGAAUAGUUGGAAGUGAGCUCAAUUGGAUGACUAUGGAGACUUGAUCUGUUGAAUACUAUUUCACAGCAAAUUGCUUAAAUUAGGAUGGUUCGGAUUAUCUAUUGGAUUAUUUCCUAUUCUGAAGCAAUAGGGAAAUGUCCAUACCUUGUGUACUCCUCAAACAAAACUAAGAAAAUCCUCCCAAAGAAGCCUGAUGUAGAGGACACUGCCAAUAGAGAUGAGACUUCAUAAUUGCCAUGAGAUUCAGAGAUUCGCCGAAGGUUGUUUACAUAAACCAGUCCCAGCAUAGGCCCACAUGCAUUCACCCAGAAAAACAGCCAGAAAUCCAAACUCAUCAUGAUGUUUUUCACCCCAUGCUCAUCUCCCAGCUUAACUUUCCCCACCUUUUCCAUACCUUCGUUGACCUUUACCCCUGCCCUCUUGCCAUCUUCUCCUACUUCUUCAUUCAUGUUGUCGAUUCCUUUGAUGACAGUAAUACAAUUUGCUGUGGUAACAACACAAGGUAGCUCAGGUAUGAUCUUAGAGCGCCAUCUCCCUAUUAUGAGCCAGUGAGCAGCCUUCACCAGUGGCACUGCUAUAGGUAACAUUAUCACCAACAUGAAAGUCACUACUUGUAACUGCGGGGACAUGUUUUUUAUAGGCUGUACUGUGUUUCCAAGCAUAGCAUAUACUCCUGUUGCAACAGCUAUGGAAAAUGCAAUUGGAAAGAUGUCUGUUUCUGUAUGUUCUGUGAGCUUGGAACAGCCAACUAUGAGUACCACUACCAGCCCAACUGAAGCCGGGACAAGGCAAUUCAAGAGGAGACAGGUGCUUGGAUUUUCAAAGCCAAUCCUCCCCUGAAUUCCUUCAACCAAAGAUGUGUAUACCUUUCUGCUUAAGGCAGAGUAGCAUGAAAUUAGCGCAGCUAUGUUUUUGUGUUUGUUGAAGUUUGUAACAGCUGCAAAAUAGCAGUAAGUUUGGAUCCAACAAAUGCUAUUUCCAGCUAGAAGACAUAGUAGAAACACUUGCCAGUAAGAUAGGGUAUGGAUCUUGUCUGCUAUGUACAAGUAUUGAACUCCAUAACCAACUGAUCCAAACGACAAACCAAUCAACAGUAUCGUCCAUGGAGGAAGGCGGUCUGCUGCUGCACUUGGAAACCAUUCGAAGAGCCUUCCAGUCUCCAGAGCCACAAUCAGAUUAAUGACUUGCACCCGGGAUAUAGAGAACUGUUUUCCCAGUAGGGAGGAGUAUGUCGAAAAGAGGGAGCUGGUGACACUUACAGAUUGUAGCAAGAUAAUUCCCCCCAAACUUAGCCAUGAAAGUUGAUAUUUAGAGCUCAAUGGAUUGCUCAUUUUUCUUCUUUGAUGUUCAGCAGUGACAAAAACUUGGAACUUGUAAAAGUUUGCUUUAUGCUAACUUGCCCAAGGGAGGGAAUACUGUAUGAAAAUGAAAGUCUCUAGGGUGUUAAAUUUGUUUUCUGUAGCUAUCAAAUGAUCCAUUUCCAGGCAGUAGUUACCAACACUUGGGCAAGAGGAAACAUUAGGCAAACAACCUGGCUGCUUUACACUGACAACUAUAUGUUUGGAGUAGAUAAAAUAACUCUGUUAAACUA